UUAUUAUAUAAUGAGUGUGUAUCCAAAGAAAGGCGCAAGAAAAGCCAAAAAUGAAGGCUGCAGCUUUUGUACUACUCUCCCUUCUCCUCCUUCUUCUUCCUCUUCUAAUUUCUCCUCCUUUUUUCAAGAGCUUUAUUUCUUCAUUGGUGUUAAUUCUACUGGUUCUUGGUUUUGGAGGUUUUUAUAUAUUUAAUAUUCUGUGGUUAAAGUCAGCUCAAAGACUUCGAUGGAAACUUCAGAAACAAGGAAUCAAUGGACCUAAACCAUCUUUUUUAUAUGGAAAUGUUCCUGAAAUGCAGAAGAUUCAAGCUGCUUCUCUUAAAGCUCCAACCAACUAUGGUGAAUUUGUAGCACAUGACUAUACUUCUUCUCUCUUCCCCUACUUUGAACAAUGGCGAAAACUCUACGGUCCUAUAUAUACAUAUUCAACAGGAAACAAGCAACAUUUGUACGUGAACCAACCGGAGCUAGUAAAAGAAAUGAACCAAAGUAAAAGCCUGGAUUUAGGGAAGCCUUCUUAUGUCACCAAAAGACUUGCCCCUAUGCUUGGUAAUGGUAUUUUGAAGUCUAAUGGCCACAUUUGGGCCAUGCAGAGGAAAAUUGUCGCGCCCGAAUUCUUCAUGGACAAGGUCAAGCGUAUGGUGAGCCUGAUGUUGCAAUCAGCUGAGCUUUUGACAAGAAAAUGGGAUGAAAACAUUGAAGCUGAAGAGGGUAAAAUGGCGGAAAUCAGCGUGGGAGAGGAUCUGAGAAGUUUUUCAGCAGAUGUGAUCUCAAGAGCUUGCUUUGGAAGCUCUUAUUUCAAAGGCAAAAAGAUUUUCUCAAAGCUUCGAACCCUUCAGAAAAUCAUAUCAAACCAAAGUGUUCUUUUUGGUUCUCCUGCAUUAGGGUUUCUACCAAGUAGGCAGCAAAAGGAGAUUGACAACUUAGAGAAAGAGAUAGAGUCAUUGAUAUGGGAAGCAGUGAAAGAAAGAGAAAGGGAAUGCUUAGAGACAUCCUCAAAUGAGAAGGACUUGUUGCAUUCGAUACUCGAGGGAGCUAUCAACGAUGAUAGUGUAGGCGAGAAUUCGUCCAGGAAAUUCAUAGUUGACAAUUGCAAGAACAUAUACUUUGCAGGUCAUGAGUCCACUGCUGUUGCUGCAUCAUGGUGUCUCAUGCUUCUGGCUUUACAUCCAGAAUGGCAAUCUCGUAUACGUGAUGAAAUGGCUCAAAUUUGCCCCGAUGGCGUCCUAGAUGCAGAGUCAGUCUCCAAAAUGAAAAUGGUGACAAUGGUUAUUCAAGAAGUGAUGCGUUUGUAUCCGCCAGCAGCAUUUGUGUCAAGGGAGGCAUUGAAAGAUACACAGAUUGGUCAUAUUGUUGUGCCAAAAGGUGUAUGCUUAUGGACUUUGAUCCCAACGCUGCAUCGUGACCCUGAGAUAUGGGGACGAGACGCGAAUGAAUUCAAGCCGGAUAGGUUUGAGAAUGGAGUUUCGGGUGCUUGCAAAUUGCCACAAGUUUAUAUCCCGUUUGGACUAGGUCCUCGGCUUUGCUUAGGCAAGAAUUUCGCGAUGGUGGAACUCAAGAUUGUGAUUUCACUCAUCAUUUCCAAGUUUCGUUUCUCUCUUUCUCCAAAAUACAAACACUCGCCAGCUUAUAGGAUGAUUGUAGAACCAGGCCAAGGAGUGCACAUUCUUGUUGAGAGAUUGAAACAAGGCUGACAUUGGCUUAUAUGCUUUAGCAUCAGCACACUCUUCUCUUAUUUUCCCCCUUCUUUUUCUUCCUUUGAAAGUGGAACACGAACCUAUUUCCGCUAUUCUGCGUUCUUAUUAAGCAUAGAAAAAUCAAGGUUGAUGAUAAAAUCAGCGAAGUUCCCAUGGUAUUUUACCUUUGCGUAGUCUCGAGUGGAAGGCUCCGCACCUGAACCUCAUUAGACUCAGCUGAGGUGUAAGGUGUAAGUGAAGAAAAUCAACAUAUUGAUAUUGUUUUAGCUCGGUGGAACAAAUUAAAACCCUUUUCCUCAGGAUCCUCAGUUAGUGUUAAAGUGUAAAUGUCGAUACAUAAAUGAUUACAUAGUUGUCUGUUACUUAGAUGUGUAGACUAUUUUCCUUGUUCACUAACAUAAAAAAUGGUCUCUGGAUGGGCUAGUGAUUUUGGAUAGAGCAUUGUCUUCUAAUGACUGUAUCCUUUCUUUAGAAAAAGUUGAGAAAUAAUAGUUCAUCGAAUAAACUGUUUCCUAUGUCACCACUUGUAAAUAA